AUGCGGAAUAUUUUGCUUUUUCUCCUUUUGGUUCUAUUUGAAAGAGUUUGUUUAACGGAACUGCCAGAGGAAUCGAUUCAAAUAGAUAAUAACACGGUUUUUGUACUGUUCGGGACCAGGUUGGUUUCAAAAGUUGAUUUUAAAAAGGUAGCCAAAAAUUAGUUUUCUUAUGACUACAUUAUUUCAUGAAUUUACUUGGAAACAAAAUUGAGCUCUACAAAAUCGAAAUUAAGAAAAUUCUCAUUUGGAAUCGAUAUCAAAGAAGCAAAAUCAGAAAAUACGUCCAUUAAAUCAGUGAAUCUUUUAAUUGCUGAAUUUUUGAUCUUUGCAUACACUCGAAACUUUUAUCAUUACUUCUAAAAUCUCAAAGAAAUCUCUUUUUUUCCGAAUUCCCUGACAUAUUCAGGCAUGGAAAUCGUCAUCCGGAAGUUUUCCUUGCCGAAAAUCCGCGAAGUUGGGGAUUCGAGGGGAGUACCGAGCUGACAAGUGUAAGUUACUUCAUUUGUUAUAAAGUUCAAGAAACAGGUCCUAGAACGAUUCUACAGUAACCUAGCAGUUUAUGACAAGCUUGAGCUGAAUUUACAAAAUUCUUUGAAAUGAAACUGCAAAUUUUCAGUUCGGCAAGCGACAAGGCUAUGGACUCGGCAAGGAAUUGAGGAAAUUCAUUGGGAAAUUGGUAACUUUAUCCAUUUUUAUAUGAGAUUUUCGUAAAACUUGAAAAAUUCUCACUUCUCUGCGCUCUCUCGGACAGACGCGCCUUUUUCAUGAUUCUAUGACCCAGAGAGCGCAGACAGGUCAGAUAAUUUCAAAGCUUUCCGAAUAGACUAUAAUUUUUUUUUUGAGAAUUAAAACAAAAUUAAGGUUUCAAACAACUACAAUAUGUCACAAGUCAGAUACUAUUCCAGUUCGGCGAACCGAUGCCAAAUGACCUUACAAGUGAGUAUUAAAUCUACAGUAUUUUUGAAAAUCAAGCUGCGGUUUUUAAAGGCGCAUGGGGAAUUUAAUACAGGUCUCGAGGCGAAGAGCCACUUUCAUGGAGCUUAAAGCACACGAGCAGGGAUUUCUAACCAGAUUAUAGUUUUUCUUUUUUUUCAAAAACCGAUGAAGCAUGAGAAAAUUCUAAAAGUGCAGCUUAUCAAGCAAAUCUAAUCUUGUUCUUUGCGUAAGAAAACGAAAUGAAUGAAAAAAAAAAAGCGAGACGCAAUCAACUAUUUGACAUUAUGGGUAAUGGGCCAAGUAAGUCUAUUUAUUGUUCAAAGAUUAGAAUUGAGCGAGCGAAGUAUACCUUAAGAAAAAUAUUUAAUUGUUUGAUAUAUCCCCCAACUAUUCAGACAACAGUGGCCGGAAUCCAUCCACCGGAAAAACUGGGCCGACUGGAACACUGA